AUGGGGACAAGCCCAGAUGGAACUGUUUUCACUGGCAGUCACUGGCUCUUCUUCUCCGUGUACCUCCUGGUCUUCCUCGUGGGACUCCCGCUCAACGUGAUGGCUCUGGUGAUUUUCGUGGGCAAGCUGCGACACCGCGCGGUGGCCGUGGACGUGCUCUUGCUCAACCUGACGCUCUCGGACCUGCUCCUGCUCCUCUUCCUGCCAUUCCGCAUGGUGGAGGCGGCCAGCGGCAUGCGGUGGCCUCUGCCCUUCAUCCUCUGUCCCCUGUCUGGCUUCCUCUUCUUCACCACCAUCUAUCUCACCUCCCUCUUCUUGGCAGCUGUGAGCAUCGAGCGUUUCCUGAGCGUGGCCUACCCGCUGUGGUACAAGACCCGGCCACGGCUGGGCCAGGCUGGUCUGGCCAGUGGCAUCUGUUGGCUCCUGGCGUCUGCCAACUGCAGCGUGGUCUAUGUCACUGAGUACUGGGGAAACUCCACCUACAGCCAGGGCACCAAUGGAACCUGCUACCUGGAAUUUCGGGAGGACCAGCUGGCCAUCCUCCUGCCUGUGCGGCUGGAGAUGGGUGUGGCUCUUUUUGGGGUGCCUUUGCUCAUCACCAGUUACUGCUACAGCCGCCUGGUGUGGAUCCUUGGCCAGGGAGCCAGCCGGCGCCGGCGCCGGCGGGUGAUGGGACUUUUGGCAGCCACACUGAUCAACUUUGUCAUCUGCUUUGGGCCCUACAACGUGUCUCACUUAGUGGGCUACAUCCGUGGAGAGAGCCCAACGUGGAGGAGCUAUGUGCUGCUCCUCAGCACCUUGAACUCAUGUGUCGACCCUCUUGUCUUCUACUUCUCAUCGUCUAAGUUUCAAGCAGAGUUUCAGAAGCUGCUGGGGAGGCUUAGUGGGGGCUGCGUGCCCUGGACUCAGGAGGUUAGCUUGGAACUGAAGGUGAGGAACAUGGGAGAAGAACAGACCCCGGACUGUCCAUCCUAG